AGCAUCUAAACAAAAUGCAAAGAGUAAGUUUGAAGCGAAUGCGUUCUGAGGAGUCCUCACCAUACGUCCUACAGACAAAAAUGCAUGUUAACGAGAAGAUUGUGGAUUCCCAUGACAGCAACAAAAUGAAACAGAUCUAUGCCAAAACCACUAAGAUGUUAUUCCAAGCUGCUCGCUCGGUCAGCAACAACAACAUUCUUCCGGACCGCAACAAGAAGACACCACUCGAUCGUUUGGUGGUUCUUUCUGGAAAUGGACAAAUAGAACCAGCUAAGCACGCCGAUGAACAAGACGACGAGUUUCUAUGGGUUCGUCGUAAGGCCAAGUGUUGUAAUAGGGAAACUUAUGUCCAGGACAAAUGCGUCAACUGCCAAAAUGACUUGUGUGAAGAAUGCGGUUAUUCGUGCGUCGAGUGUGGCAAGUUUGUGUGCAACUCUUGCAUUAUGUUGUUGUAA